GCAAACAGCUUUCACAUGGGGGUUGUUGCUGGUCGAUUCUGUCCAGUCAUUCUGCAAACUUCGGAGCGUACGGUUCUCGAGUUCUUUUGUCGGUCGCGUUUCUCUCUUCCCCUCUCGAUUUCAGCAGCCUUCUCACACACACACACACACACACACACACACUCACCACUCACUGUCACUGAUUGCUCCGAUUGCCAGUGCAGGGGUCAGAAAGAGCCAGAGGCAGAGGCAGAGGGAGCGGCAGAGGUAGCGGCAGCGAGUGCUCAGCUGCAGUGUGCGGACAUGACUGUGAGCAAAGUGAGUGACGAUCGGGACAGUGAAUCAAUCGUCGUUUAUCCCGACCAAAUCGAACCGCCCACUGAGGUGGAUGACAACAACAACAACAGCAGCAGCAGCAGCAGCAACAGCAGCAGCGGAGGAAACGUUGACAGCGGUAGCCCUGUCCAUGCCAGCAGCAGCGAGAUGAAGUACGAACUGAAGACUGCAGCCACAACACUGCCAAGCAGACGUCUGCCCUUGAGCAGUCCCGUCAUAACACCAAUCCCAGCUGCUGUUCCGAUACUGGCAACUCCUCCCAGCAGUCGCUUUAGUGCCAUCAGUCGUAUACGCAAUGUGGAUCUAGAUGUAGUGCCGCCUGCCAUCACACCUGCCCUGCUGCUGGGUGAACAACUAAAACGGAGUUCGAGCAGCCGCGAUGACAUCACCGUUGAUCCCGACACGGUGCUGCCGGAGCGAACGCGUCUGCGUCGACAGCGGCGCAUGCGCUCCCAGGAAUCGGUGGAGGAGAAGCCCGAGGAUGUGAUCGAGCGUCUAAACAAGCUCAAGGCACGCAUAUCGGGCGCACUCAAUGAGGUCAAGGGCGUGCUCAAGCAAUACAGCACGGAGAGCGAGGCGGAGGCAGCGGGCGUCAAGUGGCAGGGACCGCCGUCAGCUGAGAGUGUGGAGAGUGCUGCAGCCACAGCGGCGGCAGCAGCUCCUUCUCUGGCUCCGGUGACAUUCCGUUUUGUGAGCAAGGUGCGACGUCGCAGCUACUUUGACGAGGCAGAGGAGGAGAGAGAGAGGGAGAGGGAGAAGGAGAAGGAGAAGGCCAAAGCUGAAUCAAUCAGGGAGAACCAUGUACCGACGACUGCCAGCGAUCUCAAGGACCAAAAGGAAGAACCAGAAAGAGCUGAAAUUAAAGAAAAUUCAAUCGAUAUCAAACCAAAGUUAAAUGAUGCAACAGAAACAUACAAGGAAGUGGCUAAAACUGCGACAAAACUCCCAGAAGAUGGAGCAGCAGCCAACUCAGAGCCAACGCCAGUCAAUGGGGAGCCAGUCAGGACUACAGAGCAAACAAAACUCUCAGAGAAAAGCAAAGCCCAGGCCAAACUGGACUUCCUGGCCAAGGUGCAAAUGGAACUCAAGGCAAAGAACGUGAAAGCAGCUGAAGCGGAGACCUUGCCACCCGCAGAAGUCACCCAAAAACAAACCGAAGAACCCAAACCAAACACAAACGCACUGCCAAAUGAGUCAGAAAUGCCAGCAGCAGCAGCGCCAGCAACCAUCAAGAGUGUCAAAAAGAAAGUGUUGGUGGUAAAGUCAAAGGUGAAGAAUCCGCGACGUGCCUCAAUUGCUGCGGUGGAGCCAUCCAAGAUCAAGAUCGAGCCGGCAGUCGGCCAGAUCGAUGCACUCAUCACACAAAGGCGACCCUCCGAUUCGGAGGCGAUUGUCAAGCGCAAAAAGAAGCAGAAAUUAAUGAGUAUCAAUGCAACGCCAAUAACUUCCGGCAAAACACAGAAACAAUCUAUAGCCGAGGAGACGAUGGGAACAUCGAUGGUUGCAGCGGUCAAGCCAGAACCUGAACAAUUGGCGACGGCAGAGGUCAAUGCGGUGGCAGCCAAAAGCGACACAAAAACGCCUGCCAAAAGCCACGAAGGAGAUGCAGCAGAGGCCCAGCCAAAACGAUUGCAAAUCGAUGAGGCGGCGGCUGCCCCUGCGAUUGCCAAUCAAGCGCCAGCCAGCGAACGAGGCAGACGCGCAAGCCUCAAACUAGCGGAGUUGGUGGCCGAAACGGUGCUGGUGGUGCCGGCAGCCACAUCCGAGAUCAGCCCAACACAGGCAGUGCCUGCAAUAAUUAUCAGCGAAUUAUCAUUAAGCGAGUCCAAAGAACCCAUUAAUCAGUCGGAGAUUGUUCCGGAGACGCAGGUGAAAGCAGCAACGCCCCAACAGGUGGCCAUCGGUGUUGACAUUGAAGGCGCCGCCAGUGCCUCCGUCUCCCAGUCGAUCGUCGAACAGUCAGCGCCACAAAUAGCAGCGACAUUGAGCGAAGUGCCGCACGAAGAGUCAUCGCUACAGCCACUGCAAAUCCAAUCCGGGGCAGCUACAAAAGACAACGCACAGGCGCAUACCAGCGACAGUCUUGCCACCAUGCCGGAGCUGAAAGUACUUGCGGGUCCGGUGCAGCCCGUCAAGAUCGAAACUGUUGAACAGCCGCACGAUGGCGACAAAGCGGAUCAUCUGUCCGUGACCAAGAAGAAGCCCACGCAUCUGAAGAAGCUUGUGCGCAAGAAUUCCAUAGACAAGGCGCGGGAGAAGGAGGAGGAGAGCAGGCUGAGCAACAUACUGCGGGACAAGAACAAGAUCAGCGAUCUCUCCUCGAGAAUCAACAAGCUAACGCCGCCCAAGAAGCAGCAAGUGAAGCAGCCACAGGAGAAGCAGCUACAAGUCGUAGGGGAUGCAACACCCGGAGAAGCGCCCAGCGAGGAGAGCAACCAAAUCGAACCUGAGCCAGAGCCCGAACCCGAACCCGAACCCGAAUCUGAGCUCGAACCUCAGCUCGAGGCAGUGCCCACUCCCGCGCCAAAGAAGCCGCGAAAGAUCAAAAAGAAGGUGAUCAUCAAGCGACAGAAGCGACGCCUCUCCAUCAGCGACACAUUCUUCAUACAGCCAGAGCCGGAGGAGCCCAAGGAGCCCGAAAUCGAGACCAUCGAGAAGGCCAUUGCCUAUGUGACUGACGACGAGGAGGAAGACAAGGAGCAGCAGCAGCAGCCAGAGCAGGAGCCAGUGCCGGUGAAGCCGCUCAAGUCCUGCCUGCAUGUGCGCGAAUACAAGAUCGGAGAUCUGGUGCUCUAUGCGGAGCGUUACCGCAAGACCCAGGUGCGCUGGAAGCGUGGCCGGGUGCUCGAGCGCAUCACCAGCAUUUCGUACAAGCUGGAGAUCGAGGGCAAGGAGGUGGCCGCCCAUGUCAGCUACAUCAAAAAGUACACGGGCCGCAAGGUGCGUUUCGACAACAAGGAAUACCUGGAGAUUGACUACGAGCAGGUGGCCGAGGAGGAGCGACGAGCGGCCAGCUACAGCAUAUGGAAUAUGGUGUAGAGGCGAGUCCCGAGUCCCGAGUGGCUGUGUCCCUGUGUGCCCCUGUGCCUGUGUCUCUCUAGCCAUUGAGUAGAAUUAAAAAAUGUUUUUUCAUUGAAGAAGGCACUUUUUUAAGGAUCUCAACUCGACAUUCAGUUAUGUUAUAGUCUUUCUAGUCUCGCAUAUGUGUAAUCUUCCUGUAAAUAGUCUAGCCUGUAGUUAAAUCCUAAAGUUAGUAGAUUGUAAAUUAUUCCAGUAUCAGCUCGAUGUGUGUACGUGUUCCUCCUUUUCGUUCAACGCUUUAGUGGAGAGUCUACAAUUUAAGUAUGUGUAACGAAACAAAAACCAAUUUAAUGUUAAAUAAAGCGACAAAAUAUUUCACUAA